AUGGAGAGGAGCAUGGCUGCUUCAGAGGGAGGAGGAAGGAGCAGCGUGGCUGAAGCAGGGGAGAUUCAUCGGAGGAUUAUUGGUCUUAGGAAUCUGGGGUUGACAAGGAAUCGGAAGGAUCUGGUAAAGAGCUUAGCCGUCGUGGAAUGUCUUGGUGCUCUUGGUUUGAACCUCGAAUCCACUGGCCCUGGUGUAUUUGAUGCUCUGUUUUCAAGUUUCUCCAUGAUUCUUGUGACAGAGGGUUUGAGUAUUGAUCAUAGUCUGAGAGCAAGAGAAACCACCAAAACAUCAGCCUUUGUAGCAGGGUUAGAGUAUUGAUCAUAUGUGUUGAGCGAGACUAAACCAUUACAGAUACAGGCUUCAGCCAAGAAAGACAUUGCCUCCACCAAAGUUGCCAAGUGAUCACAUAACCAAGCUCUGUCGUGGGGAUUGGAUGAUUAAAAGAUCGUCAAGUUCUAACCUAGUGCAGCAUCAACGUCCAUUACAAAAGGUUGUAUUAUCAGAAACUUAUAUAAAUGAUAUGGAUAUUAAAAGUGUAUUCACAAGAUCAAAUGUUCCUUCUCAAGUUCUUUCUUCCUUCUCAAGUGCUUUCAAUUUUUUUUGUAAGAACUCUUACUUAAAAACCUUGGAAUGGAGAACAAAAAUUUAAGUAUCUC